GACGUGCGCCUCGACGAUUACCUCGACGACAAGCUCCAGUAUGCAGCCGACAUGGAGAAUCUCGACGACCUCCUCGCCAGCGUCGAGGAGCAGCGCGCCCAGCUACAAUCUCAGCUCGACGACGCCGCACGCUCCCUCACCACCGCCCGCCAGUCCGCAGACGAGCGCCAGGCCUCCCUGCAGCAGCAGAUCGACGACUUCCAGGCCCUGCAGCGCGACAUCGACGUGCGGCUCCAGAUCGUCGCCGCCUCCGACGCGCCCGACGAGGCCAUCCAAAGGCUGGAGGGCCCCAUGCACAAGCUGGCCAAGGUCGAUCUGGCCCACAGGUACCUGGUGCUGCUGCAGGAUGUAGAGAGCCUCAGAGAGGAGGCGAGAAGCCACCUGCCCAGGAACCCAAAGGCCGCACUCGAGCCAUACACGAAGCUGAAGAGGCUGGCGGCGUACCUGCAGGAGCUGCAGGGCCCUGCGGAUGGCGCUGCCGUGCAUCUCGUCACACAUGUUGCCGCCAUCGCCGAGAGCCUGUGGGAGGAGAUGAAGAGGACGAUGUGGACAGAGAUGGACGGCAUACUGGCCAAGAGGGGGUGGCCGAAGAAGGUGGAUCCUCGUUCCGAUAUUGACGAGGAAUGGAGGGAGUGCUUUGAGAAGUCGAUAGACCUGCAGGCGCCUGAGGUUCUCUACUCGAGCGGUGUUGUGACCCUGCUGCCGAUGGAGGUGAUGGCACAGAAUUGGAUCAAAGAGUUCCGGUACCACUUCAUGAGCGACAAUGCGACGAGCGAACCUCGAAACAUCGGGAGUCAGUGUUUUCCGUGGAUCCUUGCCCAGCUGGGAGAGUGGGACGAUUUCCUGCGGGAGGAUUUUGGUUACUUGUUGGCGAGCAAGUUUACAGAUACCGAGGUGGCAGACAAGAUGGUCUACAUGGAUCCGACGUGUGCUCUCAUCACCUCUCUGCUACCAGUCGUCAGCGAAAAGGUCAGAUCAACCAUGAAGGUGGCGCUCAAGGAUCCUGCUUUCCUGAGCAGCCUGAUAGGCCAGCUCAUGGACUUCGACGACAAUCUGCGGAGACAAUUCAGCUAUGACGGCGGGGAUGUCGAAAGAGGCUGGGGCGGCCUCACCUCUGAAGUGCUGGACGAGCACUUUGACCGGUGGCUCAAGGCGGAGAGGACCUUCGCCCUGGAGCGAUACCAGGUUAUUAUGGCCAGCCCAGACGCUCGACAGAUCGACUACGACUACAGCGGCCCAGGCAAGACCAAACCCACUUUCGGCGCAGUUCGUGUGAUAGACCUCCUGCGUUCGGUCACCAGCCAGUAUAAUCGGAUCAGGAGGUUCUCGCACCAGCUCAGAUUCCUGGUUGAUAUCCAGCUCGCCAUCCUGGACCAGUACCACCAGCGUCUCCGGGAUGGGCUCGAUGCAUACAAUGCUUCCACUUCCCUGGCCUUCAAGGCCAUCUCGGGGGCGAGCAAGGAGGAUCUUGCGGCUCUCCAGGGAACAGGCGCCUUGGAGACGCUGUGUAAGGUCUUUGGAAGCUCAGAUCAUGUGGUCAGUGCCCUCAAGGAUUGGAGCAACGAGGAGUUCUUUGUAGAGAUGUGGGAUCGGCUGCAGGCCAGAGCGAGGGGAUCUGAUGACCAGAACAACCUGGCCGGCGGCAUGAGCCACGAUGAGGUCAGGGGCCGGACAUCGCAGAGCGUCGGCUCCACGGGAGAUGGCGGGAUCCUGUUUGAUGAGACCAUCAAGGCCUAUGCCGCGCGCCGACAGCAGGCGCAGGACUGGCUUAUCGCAGCGGUGCAGGACUCACAGUCCAAGGCAUUUCGACCGUAUAUCCAGCGCACACAAUGGUUGACCAUCAGUGAGGACUCGUCGCCUAUCGAUCCAUACACACUUGCCAUCACGGCAGAGCUGGACGAACCGCUCAGUAUCCUCAAGCGCAACUUCGACUUCCUCUCCCACGCCCUCAGCACGGCCAUCUUCAGGCGCGUCGUGCGCAGGGCCCUCGAGUCGCUACAGGACAACCUUUACGAACACGUCCUCGUAGCAAAUAGGUUCACGACUCUAGGCGCCGCGCAAUUCCUGCGCGACAUGCAUGCCAUCUUUGCCAUUGCGGACCGGUAUGUGCACGACGGGUCGUCCGCGGCCAUGGCCUUCCUGGCGGACGCUCUACGGCUCCUGAACCUGCCGGUGGAGGUGGUGGCCGAAGGACAAGAGGUCCAGGGCAUGUCGCUGAAGCAGGUGAGCGAUCGCGUGUUUGUGGAUAACAGCGAGGCGAGGAGGGUGCUUGAGGAGCUGGGUCUCGAGAUGCUGGAGCCUCAACAUGCCAGGAGGAUAUUGCAGAACCGUGUGGAGAAUAGUGACUAGGUGAGGAGGACGAGCGUGGGCUGCCGUUAAACAAG